AUGGGCACCGUGCUGUCCCUCUCCCCGGGCUCCCGGAAGGCCAGCCUGUACGAGGAGGGCUCCUCCGGCUCGCUGGCGCACUACCCGGGCGUGCCGAGCGCCAAGGGCAGCGGGCAGAAGGUGGACAAGAACCUCAAGCGCCACUCCAUGUUCAUCCCGGCCUUGACCUGGAAGCGGCUGGUGGCCUCCACCAAGAAGAAAGGCUCCCGGGGCGGGGGGAAGGGGCCUGCCCACAAUAACAACAACAACCACCCCCACGCCAAGGAUGUGGCCCUCCUCAACCACGAGAACGUCAAGAAGUCGCUGUCCUGCGCCAACCUCGCCAGCUACGAUGGGGGCGGGCCGCCCUUGGCGCCACUCAGCGCCAAGCGCAUCUCCACCACCUCCGUCUCCUCCCUCAAGCCGGGCGCCUUCCUGGGCGGGGGCAGCUCGGCCUCCCCGCGGCGCGUGGUCGUCCAGGCCUCCACCAGCGAGCUGCUCAAGUGCCUGGGCGAAUUCCUCUGCCGCCGGUGUUACCGCCUCAAGCACCUGUCGCCCACGGAGCCCAUCCUGUGGCUGCGCAGUGUGGACCGCUCGCUGCUGUUACAGGGCUGGCAGGACCAGGCCUUCAUCACCCCGGUCAACGUGGUCUUCGUCUACCUGCUGUGCCGGGAGGUGAUCGACGGGGAUUCGGUCUCCAGCGAGCACAACCUGCAGGCGGCGCUGCUCACCUGCCUCUAUCUGUCCUACUCCUACAUGGGCAACGAGAUCUCCUACCCGCUCAAGCCCUUCCUGGUGGAGGCGGCGAAGGACGCCUUCUGGGACCGGUGCCUUCGCAUCAUCAACGCCAUGAGUGGCAAGAUGCUCCGGAUCAACGCCGACCCCCACUACUUCACCCAGGUCUUCGCCGACCUCAAAAACGAAGGCAGCACCCGCGAGGACUUUGCUCGCGUCCUGGACCGGUGA